CUUGUUCCCGAUUCGCCACUAUGGUCGCCCCGCUAUACACGACCGCCUCCGGGCUGUUGUUCCAUGCUGGUAAGAUCCUGGUGCUCACGGUUGGUCUACCUGCGAGAGGGAAGACCCACAUAUCUCGUGCUCUCGAGCGUUAUCUUCGCUGGACGGGUGUCAAAACACAGGUCAUUUCGUUGGGCGAUUACCGCCGCAAGGUAGUCGGCGGAACACAGAACUUGCCACCGGACUACUUCACACUGGGCGAGAAGAGCCCUGAGACCGUGGCUUUGCGUCAACGGAUAUCGGACAGCUGCGAGCAGCUUAUCUGGGACUUCUUCAAUGCGCAGGGACAAGUAGUGAUAUACGAUGCUAACAAUGGGACCCGGGAGCGUCGCCAAAAGAUCGCAGAGAAGUUCGUUGCUGCUGGAAUCCACGUCAUCAUGCUAGAGUCGAUUUGUGACGACGAACAGAUGAUACUGGCAAACAUUCGCAGCGUCAAGAUUUCAUCUCCAGAUUAUCGGGGAUGGGACCCAGAUCAAGCAGUGCAGGAUUAUUAUAAGCGGAUCGGAGAUCAUGAGGUUCACUACGAGCCAGUUGAGGAGACAACGUAUCCUUCGAUCCGUAUAAAGAAUGUCGGUGACAACAUCAUGGUCAAUGACAUUCAUGGUUACCUUCAGUCGAGAACCGUUUUCUUCCUGAUGAACAUACACAAUCGAUUCCGUACAAUCUACUUUGCCAGGUCCGGUCAAUCCCUCAUCGAGCAUUCCUACAAGGCAGAUUCCGAUCUCUCCCCAGCGGGUUGGGAAUACGCCGAAAGGCUCAAAGAAUUCGUCUUCGAGCGACGCGCAAAUACACUGGAAGCGCGAGGUAUGGACCCCGCAGAAAGGCGUUUGGUGGUCAUGGAGCGCCCGCAGAUGUCUGAGAUCAACCCCGGCGUGUGGGAUGGUCUGACGCCUGACGAAGUCAGGCAGUACUACCCCGACGAAUGGGAGCGCUUCGUCAAGGAUCCAUAUGCGUACCGCGCCCCCAGAGCGGAGAGUUACCACGAUCUCUGCGUCCGCUUGGAACCGACUCUCAUCGAGUUGGAGCGGCAGAAGGAGGACCUGCUCAUCAUCGGACACGCCUCUGUAAUCAGGUGCAUGCUCGCCUACCUCAUCGGCCUGCCCGCGUCGGAGAUUCCCGCCAUCGAAGUAGCCCGCGGGGACCUCAUUGAGGUCAUCCCGACGUCGUACGGUGUCUACAGCCAGGCGUACCACUUCUGGGAUGGGCCCGGAAGGAGCGACACCAACAGCGGCAGCCCAGACGAGAAGAAUUUCUACGAGAACUACGCGGAGGACACUAAGGGGAAGCGGAGGCCGGAGAUCGAGAGCAUAGAGGCAUGAGAAGCACCUCUCAAUGUCGAUGGGUACACAGGAAAGCGAGAGAAGCUAGAGUCGCAAUUGUAUUCGUAUUCUAUUCGUCAAUCCUCGUGCAACGGAUAUAACAAAGCGCGUUCUCGUUAAACUACUG